CACGUUAGUCGUAUUUGCUUGGCGGUCGGCGAAGGCCGCGCAAACCAUGGCAGCUCGCGGCGUGUUCCCCGUGAAGUUCAACAAUAAUUAUUACGAUUUAAAAAUGUUUUUACGUGACCACCCUGGCGGUGUGAAUACACUCGAAAUGUAUAAAGGCAAGUCUGUAAUGCAGGCGAUGAAAAAGUAUGGCCACAGCAAUAGUGCGUACCAUCUGAUGAGGGACUUUCAAGUGAAAGAUGAUGAAUUAAAAGAUGUGAUAUUGAGUGAUAAUGUUAGUGAAAACGGUAGGAUUAUUACUAGUGAAGAGGCGUCCAGGGAUGAAGAGGAGAUAGCCUUCCUGGAAGAGCUGGAGAGCCGCCUGGACUGGUCCAAACCGAUCCUGCGACAACUGGACGUCAUCGCGCCUCACUAUGAGAAGUGGGUGAAUAGCGCAGUGUAUCGGCAGUGCAGGCUUUUCAGCAGCCCCUUUCUGGAGAGCUUCACCUACACGCCCUGGUAUCUCGUACCCAUGUUCUGGAUCCCGAUCAUCCUCUACAUGGGUUGGAUGCAGUAUUUCGAACAUGUUUUGUGUAUAGUUACAGACAAAUGCACGGAAUCACGCCUGUCAACCCUGCAAUACAUUAUCCACAUAAUACAAGGCAUAGGGCUUUGGACAAUCAUAGAGUACUCGAUGCAUCGAUGGGUGUUCCAUCGGGAUCCAGGGUUGUCGCUCGUCAUGAUCAAAAUACACUUCCUUCUCCAUGGAAUGCAUCAUAAGGUGCCAUUUGACAAACUACGUCAGGUGUUUCCACCAAUCCCGGCUCUGGUGCUCGCAGUCAUCUUGUAUAGCGCAGUGUCACCAUUCUUAAACUACCCUCGUAUUAAGCUCACUGGUGCACUUAUAGGAUACCUAGCGUAUGAUAUGGUACACUACUAUGUGCAUCAUGGAUCGCCUGCUGACGGAUCCUACCUCUACGCCAUGAAGAGAUACCACUCAAACCACCACUUCGUCAACCACGACAAAGCGUACGGAAUAACGACAAAAGUGUGGGACUACAUAUUCAGGACUUUUGUGAAGAUCAGAAAGUUGGGUAUAAGUUUACGUUGGUAGUGGUUGUAUUUAGGGGUUGUAGCGUGAAAAGUCAUUAUACUCUAUGGUUGUAAGGUUCAUAGUUGAGAAAACAUAAAUGGUGAGGAGCACAUUCGAAAUCUAAACAAGAUUAUUUAGAAGUUGGCACUUGGAAAUUGGAAUACUUAUUAUUUUUAGAGUUCGUUAAAGUGACGUUAUACUUUAUCUUGUAUAUAUAACUACUUGUUUCAAUUUUAUAAAUAUGUACAUAAUAUUACUGAAUAUAUUAUAUAAUAUGUACUUAUGUCAAUAAAUGUGAUAAAAUAAUACCUAGGCAAAUAAUUUGGGUAGAAUAAUAAAUGUUGUCAACCCUUUCA